AUGGACCCGAUCGCUGAUAAGUUAUCGUGUCUAGACGACUUGCAGAGACACGCUGGUGGGAAGCUUGCGGAGAUCAGCGAGUGGCUCAAAACGUCAGCGUGUGUUUCAAGAUACGACGUACCCAACACGAUCGGUUACCGCGAAAAGCCCGUCCCCACGGACCGAACGCUCUCCCUCCUUUCCAAAGCGCAUGCCGCCUGGCACACCUACCACAGCGCCCACCACAGCCCCCACUCCGCCUCCGUUGCUUCCUCCGCCUCUGCGCCCAACCGCCCGCCCUCCGCCGUGCACGCGAGGGAUCUUCGGAAGCUUGUAGAGAGCACCGCGGGCGGGUCGCUGGACGAUCCUUCCGCCACUGGCGCAUGCGUGCCGUUCUCCAAGCGGGAAGGCGCAGGGGGAGAGGACGCGGGGGGGGCCGGAGGUGCGGUGACGGGGACGGGGGCGGGGGCGGGGGUGGGGACAGGGGCGGGAACUGAGGCGGGUUCAGCGCACCCUGUGGCGGCGAAAGCAGGUCCGGCGGACGAUUUGAGGCGGAAGCUUCUCGCGUCAAGCUCAGCGCGAGGUCCGGCAGGCGGAACACCCAGGGAUAGGGUAACCGCACACCGGCGAGCUUCGUCUGUGUCAUUUUUCGCCCCCGGCGCGUCGGAUUUCGGGACGGGCAUGGACAGUCCACCUCACGGGUUUCAUUCUGCGACGGGGAGCCCUGGCGGUGGGAGCGGCGGGGGUGGCGGGGGUGGUGGGAGUGGUAAGCCCCCCUCUCUAAGCCCUCGCAUGCAGCAGCCUCCUUCGUCGCAGUUCGCAGCGUUUCCCGGCAGCAGCGCGGGGGGGGGGGCUAGCCCGGCGGGGCGUAGGGUUAACAGACACGCGCGAGCGCAGAGCGUCAGUUUCAGCCCACAUAUGGAUUUCAGCAGCAGCGGCAGCGGCGGCGGCGGCGGCGGCAUUACCGGUAGCACAGGAGGCAGCACUGCUAACGCUUUUGCCCACGGCUCUCCCCCCCACCCUGGCGGAGCAGGGGUGCAGGGGGGAGUCGCCCCGGCGCCCAGCGCAGGGGGGAUCAGGGGAGCGGGGCUGGCGCCGCCGGGACUGGUUAAGGGCGGAAUGGGCAGGGGGGGGCGGAUGGGGCCUUUGGGCGGAGGGGGGCUUGCUGGGGGAAGGGCGGGUCCGGGGAGGGGGAUGGGGCGCGGGGGAUUUUUCAGGAGCGCGUCUGUGGACGGAGGAAGGGGGGCGGAGGAGGAUGGGGGCACGGAUGGUCCGCUGGUGAGGCGGAGGAGUGGCGGAGGGGGGAGAGACCCGCCUGUCGUUGUCAAGCGGGUGGGGAUGCCCCCCUCUGGCCCUGCGACAGGCGCAGGCGUAGGCGCAGGCGGAGGCGGAGGAGGCGGGGGGGGUGGCGGAAGCGCAGGUGUUAACGGAAAGGAGACGUCAGGUGUGUUAGUGAUUGAAAUCGGUAGCAAGGGGGGUGAGGGGAGUGAGGAGGGGAAAGAGGCCACCAGUGCGGAUCAGGAUUCUACAUUUACCUUCCCUCAGCUAGGAGGGGCGAUUGGUGAUCCAGGUAUGGAAGGUGCUGCUAACGGAGGUGGUAAUAACGAAGAGGAGGAAUACACCGCGGAUUUGGACAGUAGUGAGGAUGACUGUGACGAGGAUGACGGGGAUAUUGUGGAGUGUAAGGCUGCGCCAGGGGCAUCUGCUACAGGUCGAAUGCCUCUGAAUGUUUCUGUUAACGAGGACGACGAUAAGGAGGAUGAGGACGACUGUGUGGUUCUGGCCUCGCCUCUCGUUUCAGCCCAGCCGCAGCAGCCGCAGCAGCCACAGCAGCAGCAGAUGCAAGGGAAUGAUGCAGCGACAGGGGCAAAUUCUCCUAACGGGCUUGCAGCAGCCGCAGGAGCAGCAGGAAACGGUGGUGCGGAGGCAGGAGCAGCAGCAGCAGCAGCAGGGGCAGGUGGUUACAGGAGGCUCAACUGCGAUGUAACAUCUGGGCAGAAUGGCGGGCAGAGCAACGGGGAGGAGGAGGAGGACGUUGAUGGAGAUGGGGAUGGGGACAUUCCGCUGGCCUCCCCUCUCGCCAAAUACCCCCCUGCCAGUCCCCUAAAGGCGCAUGGCCAUCACCAGCCGCUACCCAGCCCAUUAAGCCGCGGCCCUCUGGCUUCUACAUUCAGUGCCAACCCCCCUCGCCCCGGCAGCCCGCUCACACGCGUUCCCCAGCAGCAGCAACAGCAGAGUGAGAGCAGCGGUGGUGGCGGUUUCACGGAUUCCUCUGGAACGGUUGUGAGCCAGAGCCUGCCGCGGAGGCUGGUGAAAUCAGGUUCGGAGCGGGUGGGUGGGGCUCCGGGGUUGGGAGGAGAUGGCAGCUUCAGAAGCAGCAGCAGUGUUGGUGCUGCUGCUGCUGCUGCUGCUGGUGGCAGCGGCCGUGGUUUCAGCAGUGGCGCGGGUAACGAAACCAGCAGCGUCUCGAGCCCAAGGAGGUUUCUAAAGUCAGGUUCAGAGCGAGGCAUGGCCGGACCAGGAUUUCCGUUGUCGUCCGCCCUUCCUGUAGCCCAGGUUCUCGAAGGCCCUCCGUCAGCUGCUGCUGGGUGUGCAGCAGCAGAGGCACAUGUGAGUGUGCCUGAGCAAAGGCUGGGACGGGACAUUCGACACACGCGCAUGCUCGGAAACGGAUCGCUCAAAGAGCAAGGGAGUCGGGGAUGGGUGGAGAGCAGUGGAGGGGGAGGAGGAGGGGCUGGUAUGGGUGCGGGGGGAGCAGGAGGGCAUGGGUCGAGGUUGGGAGGGCCCCCUGGGAUACCCAGGCAGUGGAGCGCUGGGGAACCAGGGGGGAGUGCUGGGGGGGUGAGUGGGGGCGGAGGGCCUGGGGGAAUGGCAGGCCAUGCCCAUACGCAUGCGCACGCUCAUGGGCAUGCACAUGGGCAUGGGCCAGGGGUACCCAGGCAAAGGAGUGUGGGGGAAACAGGGGUAGGGCAACAGCAGGGCGGCGCCGUCGGCACUGCUAGCACCAGUCGCGUGCAUUUCCCACCGGAGCGCACGGCUGGGCGAGGGGAGGGGGGUGGUGGGCAGGAGGGCUCGUUUGACCAAUGGCAGGUUGAGGAGCCUGUCUCAGGGGGGGAUGGACAGGGAGGGGGGGGAAUGACGCAAGGACCUGGAGCAGCAAUGGCAGCAGCAGGAGGAGGAGGAGGAGGAGGAGGAGGAGGAGGAGGAGGAGGAGGAGGAGGAGGAGGAGGAGGAGGAGGAGGAGGAGGAGGAGGAGGAGGAGGAGGAGGAGGAGGUGUAGCAGGAGGGGGAGGGGCACAGGGAGGGGUGCAGAUGCGCAUGGGUAGGCCAUCGUCCCCUCAGCUGGGGGGUCGACCCACUCCUCCCCCCUGCCAUGUGUCCCCGCACAGGGCUCGAAGCUCCCGCCUCAAGGAUAGCAGCCCUUCAGGUGGGCUGCCAGCAGGCCACAGCAGUUCAGGUGCUUCUCCAGGUGCUGGUGGAGGAGGUCCGGGCGGCGUAGCUUCAGGUGGUAUCAACAGAGCGGAGAUUGCGGCCGGCAGGCGGGCGGCAUGGAGGAGGAGCAGCAGCAUCGGGGCCGGCGAGACUCGGAGCGGAGUGGCUGACAUGCCAAGGCCGACUUCGCCGCAGCUGUUUGGAAGCAUCAAGGAAACAGCCAGGGAAGGUGCUUCGUUCUCUGCAUUCCAGGGUCAGCACCACGUGCAACAACAUGGGCAGCAGCAGCAGCUCUCAGCGCAGCAGCAGCAGCAGCAGCAGCAGCAGCAGCAUCAGGUGGGCGGCAGAAGCAGCCCGUCCCAGGUGUCACCUUCCAAGUGGAGGCCUCAGCUCGGCACAGUCAAUUCUUCGAUGCCAGUAGGAAUGGCAGGUGGAUCUGGGGCAGGCUCAUCCAGUGGAGGUGUUACUGCUGGUGGUGCCAGUGGUGGUGUAGGGGAAGGUAGUGCUGGUGGGAUUGCUGGGCAUCAGCAGCAGCAGCAGCAGGGUGGCGUGGUUCGGCCUAGGACUGGUCAUGCUCGUAGGCAUUCAUUUGCUGUUGGAUCUGGGUCGUUUGAUUUUGCGUCUCAACCACCAAGCUCGUAA